AUGGGGUCACAAAGAGUCGAACAGGACAGACCACACAAAGUUGAGGAUGAGGAAGUUUCCUUGGUGAAAGCGGAGGGGCUGGGGCAUUAUGGGGGAGAUCAGGAGUCUUGGGGGAUCCCUGCAGAAAUGAAAAGUCAGCCCCUGGGGAGUGAGAGAAAGUUGUGGUCAGAGGGGGAAUUUUACAGUUUGGCUCCUUGGACGUGUAAUGGUUUUGAGCACGUGUGGGAUUGUCAGCUGUUCACAAUGACAGCAUGGUGUGUGUUUCAGGCACUGAAUACCUGUCACCUUCACUUGAUCUUUUUAAGCGGAUAA